AAUUAGCCGCAAGGACUUAUGGUGUUGCGGUGCAUAUUGGAGGUCAUAGUCAUACUCUUCUAUCUAAUGACACAAUUUCCGAAGAUUAUCAUUUAGCAGCGGGUCCGUACCCUACUAUUGUCAAGAAUGCCAUAGGCGAAGAUACUUUGGUUGUUCAGGCAUUUUGGUCUGGCAAAUAUAUAGGACAUUUGGACGUAUCAUUCGAUAAAGAUGGAAAAGUAGUCAACUAUUCAGGUGCACCAAUUCUCGUAGAUCAGUCAAUUCCUCAAGAUCCCAAAAUAGCCGACCUGGUAAAACAAUGGAGAGAACCAUUUGAUCAGUAUACAAAAACAGUAAUUGGUAAAGCUAGUGCACCGUUUGAUCAAUUAUCAUGUCAGAGAAGUGAAUGUACAAUGGGUAGCCUAGUAUUAGAUUCUUUCCUAUGGUCUCAACGAAAAACCAGUAAAGUAAAUGCUGCAUUCUUAAAUUCUGGUGGAAUUCGAGCUGGAUUGAUGGAAGGAAACAUUACUCGUGAGAAUAUUAUAACUAUUUUACCAUUUAGUAAUGCUAUGGUAAUUUUAGACAUGAGUGGUCAAAAUAUUACAGAUAUGUUAGAAAGUGCGACAGGAAGGUGGAAAAAUAUAAUUUCUGGAAAAAGAGUCACUAGUUUUAUACAAUUAUCUGGUAUUAGGUUUAAGUAUGAUAGUAGUAAACCUGUAUUUAAUCGAGUAUUGGAAGUGAACAUACAGAAUAGUGAUACCGAAAUAUUUGAGCCGUUAGAUCUUAAAAAAAUUUAUAAAAUUGUUACUGUCGAUUUUAUUGCCAAUACCGGUGACGGGUUAAUUCCAUAUCCUAUUCAAGAUUUGGUUCCUUUUGACAACCUAGACGUAGCAUUAACAAAUUAUAUUCAAGAUCAAAAAGUUGUUAGUCCAUAUUUAGACGGUCGUAUUCAAGAUAUUUCCCCUAUCACCGUUUACAGUACUUUAUCCCCUCAUGAACCUAUCCAUUUUGGUUAUGACAAAUUAAGUGAUAGUGUGGAAAUCAAG